AUGGACGAGAGAUCACCAGUUCCUGUUCGUGCUCCAGUCCAGUUCACGAUGCGUGGUCGACGGCCUCAUCUUCGCGGUCUGGUUGAUAUGGGAAGCAACGGGAUCCGCUUCUCCGUCUCCGACCUAUCACCACCAACCGCCCGGACCCUACCGACCGUAUACUCGCACCGAGCCAACAUCUCGCUGUACGAGGCACAAUACGACGACGCCAACAAAAAGAUCCCGAUCCCACCAUCCGUGAUCCGCGCCGUGAUCGCCGCGCUGCUGCGGUUCCGGGUCAUCUGCGACGACCUGGGGGUGCCCGUGGAGCAGAUCCGCGUGCUGGCGACCGAGGCGACGCGCGAGGCGCUCAACUCGGCCGAGUUCCUCGCCGCCAUUGAGGAGGAGACCGGGCUGGCCGUGCACAUGCUCCCCAAGGAGGAGGAGGGGCGGAUCGGGGCGUUCGGCAUCGCGAGCAGUUUCACGUCCGUCAAGGGUUUGGUCAUGGACCUCGGCGGCGGGAGCACGCAGAUCGGGUGGAUGGUGUCGCGCGAGGGGCGCGUCGAAAUGAGCCCCAAGGGCGCCUUCAGCUUCCCCUACGGCGCGGCGGCGCUGACUCGCGCCCUCGAGACCGCCCGGGCGGGCAAGUCCAAGGACGAAGCGGACAGGGCCGUCGCGGCGCUGAGGGCCGACAUGAAGAAGAACUUCCUCGCCGCGUACCGCGAGCUCGACAUCCCCCAGGACCUGGUCGACGCCGCCAGGCUCUACGGCGGCUUCCAGCUGUACCUCUGCGGCGGGGGCUUUCGCGGCUGGGGUUACCUCCUCCUCUACCAGAACCAGGUGCACGGCCACCACUACCCGAUCUCCAUCAUCAACGGCUUCGUGGCCGACAAAGCCAGCUUCACCGACACCGAGACGCUCAAGCAAGUGGCACGCACCGCGCACCGCAUCUUCCGCGUCUCGGACCGCCGACGCGCGCAGGUCCCCGCCGUCGCGUUCCUGGUCAACGUCCUAGCAGAAGCGAUCCCGUUUGGAGUCAAAGAAGCCCAAUUCUGCCAGGGGGGCGUGCGCGAGGGGUUCCUCUUCCAAGAACUACCCUACCACAUCCGACGCCAGCAUCCGCUGGAAGUAGCCACGGCGCGGUUCGCGCGCCCGUCCGCGCUGGCCAUGGGCGACCUGUUCCUGUCGGCGAUCCCGCCAUCGACAAGCGGCGAGCCGCGCUCAUUCCCGCACUCCAUCUCGACCGAGGUCAUCCGAUCGCUGGCCAACGUCUUUUUCGAACACUCGGACCUCUCCAAAGAAUCGUCCUCGAGCGCCGCCCUGUACAGCACCUCGACGGGCAUCCUGGCGUCGGCGCACGGCGUCUCCCACACGGACCGCGCGCUGCUGGCACUCAUGUUCGAAGAGCGGUUCGAGGGCGAGCUGCCGCCGCGCGAGGUCGACUACAAAGAAUCACUCCGCCACCUGCUCACGCCCGAGCAGGUGUGGUGGGCGCGCUACAUCGGCCGGGUCGCCAUGGUCGUGGCCCGGGUGUACCCGGCCGGCAUCAUCGACGAGACGAACCCCCGCGUGGCCAUGUCUGCGCGCUGGGCGGCCGGGCUGGGUGGGGACGCGAGCAAGGACGGCAUCGAACUCACUCUCUGGGUGGCCAAGAUCCCCGGCGACCCGUUCCUCCUCAAGGAUACCAUGCAGCACGCCUUGCGCGUCAUCGAGAAGGUGGGCAAGCGCAAGCACUGGAUCGGAGGGAAGGAAGGCUGGGGCAUCAAGAUCAAAGUGAUCGCGGAAGAGAAGGACCUGCGGCCAGAGCGACAGCAGAAGCCGCUGCAACCAGCCCAGAGCAGGCAGAAAGAGGCCGAGAAGGAACAAGAAGAGGACAGCGAGUGGCAAAUGGAGUGA